AGAAGACCAUAGCGGGUUUUUUUUUUGUUCUCAGUCUUUAUCGUACAACCUCUGAACCCCGCGCUGUUUAAACCGAGAAGAGAUGCGCCCAGAUAAACGCGGAUACAUUGUCCGGACACCGCGAGAGGAGGAGAGGAGCAUGUAACCGGGAGAAACGCACCGGCGGCGGCGGCGGUGGUGGCGGCACCACCUGACACUUCUCUCCCUCGCUCCUUGUUUCCUCAGCAUUUGAGGCUUCUCGACGUGUUGACUGAACUCUUGUCGUUGUUUUUUUUUUUUUUUUGUGGAUAUUACCUUCAGCAAAAUGAGCGAGGAAGUGUCAGAGGUCCCCAAAGAGCUUCUGGAGAGUGUGAGGGAUGCACUGGGGAGGAAGGUGAAGCUGUCGCUGAGGAAGAGAGUCAAACUGGAGAUCAAAGGAGACAAGACGGAGAACAGAGUCCUGGCUCUCGCGUCUCACCGAGCCUACCUCUUGACGGCACGCAUUCCCACCAAGGUGGAGCACUCCUUUAAUUAUCUGGAUAUCCAGGGGAUUGCUUGUAACAAGCCUACACAGCUGCUGAUAGAGUACGAGCGUGGCUCCUUCUCUCUGAAGCUGCUCUCCUCAGAGGAGGUUAAUGAGGUGGUCGCUCACAUAGGAAACUGCCUGCAGAGGAUAUGUCCUGGUGUGCCACCUAGUAAAGUGAUGAAGAAGCUCUGCAUGGAGCCUCCAGACAGGCUCACCUCUCUGCAGACUCUGUGGGAGAACAACAAGUCUGCUGAGCCUGGACCCUGUGGUGGGUUUUCUCAGAUGUACAGAUGUGUUUGUGACUGGCUGGGGCUGCCUUACAGAGAAGAGGUGCAGUGGGAUGUAGACACCAUCUAUUUGACACAAGACACCAGAGAACUCAACCUGCAGGACUUCAGCCAUCUGGAGAACAGGGAUCUGGUGGCCAUAAUAGCAGUCCUUGAGUUUAACCAGUGGUUCACCAAACUCUCCACCAAGGACUACAAACUGUCUGCAGAUGUGUGUGAUCAGAUCCUCCGGGUGGUGUCUCGAUCCAGUCGACUGGAAGAGUUGGUUCUGGAUAACGCAGGACUCAAAACUGAUUUUGCCCAGAAGCUAGCUGCUGCCCUGGCCUGCAACCCCAACUCAGGACUCACCACCAUUAAUCUUGCCAACAACCCACUGGAGGACAGAGGUAUCUCCUCCCUGGGUGCUCAGUUUGCCAAACUUCGUAAGGGGCUAAAGCAUUUAAACUUCUCCAAAACCUCACUAUCACCCAAAGGGGUGAACAGCCUUUGCCAGUCACUGAGUGCCAACCCGUCCAUCCCCAGCAGCCUGGUCCAUCUGGACCUCUCAGGGAAUAUCCUCCGAGGAGACGACAUGCAGCAUUUCAGCCACUUCCUUGGUCAACCCAACAGCCUGGUAACCCUUGACCUCUCCAACACUGACUGCUCAUUGGACCAGGUUUGCUCUGCUCUCCUGCGAGGUUCAGUCCAACACCUUUCAGUUCUCAACGUGUCAAAGAGUGUCUUCCCUCACAGGAAAGGCAAAGAGGUGCCUCCAUCAUUCAAGCACUUCUUCAGCAGUGCCAUGUCUCUCAGCUCCAUCAACGUAUCAGGAACCAAGCUUCCACCAGAGGCCCUCAAAGCACUCCUGCUUGGUCUGGCCAGUAACCCCAAUCUGAAGGAUGUGUCUCUAGAUCUCAGCUGCUGUGAGUUGCGGUCAGGAGGUUCUCAGAUCCUUGAAGGUUGUAUUGCUGAGAUCCCGAACAUCUCCAGCCUAGAUAUCUCUGACAAUGGCCUGGACUCAGACCUGUCCACUUUGCUGGUGUGGUUGGCCAAGAACCGGUCCAUCAGACACCUCUCACUGGGCAAGAACUUCAACAACAUCAAGUCAAAGAACCUUGCUCCGGUCUUGGACAGCCUGGUUCAUAUGAUUCAAGAGGAGGAGUCGCCCCUCACCUCUCUGUCUCUGGCAGACUCCAGACUAAAGAGCGACCUGACCAUCGUUCUCAACGCACUCGGGAGCAACUCCUCGCUCACCAGACUCGACAUCAGCGGGAACGCCAUGGGGGACAUGGGAGCCAAGAUGUUGGCCAAGGCACUGCAGAUCAACUCCAAACUGAGGACUGUGAUCUGGGAUAAAAACAACACCAGCCCUCAAGGUCUUCAGGAUGUAGCAGCUGCUCUGGAAAAGAACUUCACCAUUCGUUUCAUGCCCAUCCCCAUCAUUGAUGCCUCCCAGGCUCUGAAGGCCAGCCCUGAGAAAACAGAGGACGCCUUGCUAAAGAUUGAGAAUUAUCUCUACAGGAACCAUGAGACCAGAAAAUACCUACAGGAACAGGCCUAUCGGCUUCAGCAGGGUAUUGUGACCACAACCACACAACAGAUGAUCGACAGGAUUUGUGUGAAGGUGCAGGACCACCUGAACUCUCUGAGGAACUCAGAGACAGAUGCCAUCUUGGAGGACGUCAGGUCGGCAGAGAACCUCAUCAAAGAUGCCAGAAACUCAAAAACGCUGCUCCCUAACCUCUACCACCUUGGAUCAGCUUCCAGAGAGGAGGUGAAUAGCUCCUCAGUGGGACCCAUCCAGGAGAAACUAGAGUCAAUGGCUGGGGAGGUGAUUACUGUCAUGGACCAACAACUGCAGACUCUGCUGGAGUCCAUGGUGGACACAGCAGAGUCUCUGUGUCCCCAUGUGAUGAAGAGGAGUAAUCUUCGUCCAGAGCUGAUGAAAGCCAGCUCUGCCAAGAUGGUCGUACCCAAAAGCUUUGUCACCAAAACCCUCCUGGAGCAGUCUGGUGUGGACAUUAUCAACAAGAUCAGCGAGGUGAAGCUGAGUCUAGCGUCCUUCCUGUCCGAUCGCAUCGUCGAUGAGAUUUUAGAGGCUCUUUCCACUUCACAGCUCACUCUGGCGGACCAUCUGGUACGUCGAGGUCGCCCCUUGGUGCAGCAGGAGUCGGUGGAUCUGGACGUGCCUGAGGAGAAGAUUCCUAAACGGGCAUCAACUGAAAUAUUAGAGGCUGAGAGGCUGGAGGAUCUGGAGUCAUGCAUGAUGACUCCCAAAUCCAAGAGGAAGAGCAUCCACAGCAGAAUGCUUCGACCUGUGUCUCGUGCCUUUGAGAUGGAGUUUGACCUGGACAAGGCCCUGGAGGACGUGCCUGUCCAUGUGGAGGACACACCAACUUCAUCUCAGACUCCAUCCACUCCAUCUCAGGUCCUGCCCAAACUGGAGCAACGUCCGCCAGGUACGAUAGUGGAGCUGCCAUCUGAGGAGGAAAAGAAGCUGCAGCACUACACCAAGCUACGACCCCGGAGGAACAAAAAAACACAUUCCAGCAAAGUACCUCAAAUUAACAGUGCUUCAUCUCAGGAUGGGGAGCAGAAUGGCCUCAUGGGAAGGGUGGAUGAGGGUGUAGAUGAGUUCUUCUCUAAAAAAGUCACCAAGAUGGAUUCCAAACGUUCCCUGAAGAGUUCAGAGUCUCAAGAUGGAGAGAAAAAGAAGAGUAAAGGAGGAUUCCUCAACCUCAUCAAACGAUCCUCCAAAUCUGACAAAUCAGAUAAAGCUGAUAAAUCAGAUAAAUCGGAGAAAAAUCAGGCGACCCCUCCAUCCUCUGGAACAUCCUCAGCCUCAGUGCCAGCUUCCACCAUCCCAGAGGAGCCUUCCUCACCAAAGGUCGCAGCGAAGAGCCCAGCACCUGAGUCAAAGUCAAGAGAUGCCUCCAGUCGCUCACAGCCCACUGACUACAGCAGCAGCUCAGACCGAUCAGAAGAGCUGAGGACGCCAGACUCCAUAGAUGAGCCUUGGGAGGGUUCUGACGGCAGGGGCAGUCCUCAGGGAGGGAGGCGGUACCCAGGACUGCAGAUGAUGGGCAGCGGCCUCCUGGCAGAGAUGAAGGCCAAGCACGAAAGGAGAGCACACAAGUCAUCCAGCCCAGAUAGACCUGACAGCAAUGCAACAGCAGGCAAGACUCAGCCCACAACUCAAGAAAACAGGUCUCCCACUGGUUCCAUUAAUAAAACAGACACUGGUUCACCAGAAAAGACAGCACCGCGUGGCGAGACCAAGCCUGACCCGGCCCCUCGUCUCAGAGCUAUGUCCUCUUCGAGCUCCCCUGGGGGACCGGUGAGUCCCAAGCCACCUGUGCCCCAGGGGGCGAAGCCUGCCUUGGCUGCCCGACCCACCAUCCCACAGAAGCCCAGGACCACCAGUAGCAGCAGGAGCAUAGAUGAGAGCCCAGAGUCCCCCAGCAGUGGAAGUGUGUCUCCUAAAAUCACAGCUCUCCCUCCCACACUGAAGAGGGCGUUGUCAGAAAAAGACAAGGAGGGCCAAACCAGCCUACAGUCAGGAGGCUCUGCCAACAAAACCACUCAGGAAGUGAGGACGGCGUCAGACUCUGUUCAGCGACCCAGCCCUCUCCGUACCAGCUCUGAGGAUCACGGCCCCAAGACCAAGGACCAAUCUCCAAACCCAGACAAGGAUAAGUCAGCAGGCAAGAAGUCAUCAGACUCUGGGGAGGAGGCAGACAAAGACUUUAUUUUGAUAUGAGCGAGACAUAUUCACAACAAAAAACCUGUUGACAAGCCUCACAUGUUUUUCUUUGGGAAAAAAAAAAAACAAAGGGGCAUGUUUUCAUUUAUGUUAGAUGCACCUGUACUGUAGGUCCUGUCUGACCACAAAGUACACAUCAUGUUUGCUUUGCAGGAAGACCUGCUGUCGUAUCAGGUAACAUACAGAUUCAAAUUAAAUUUCAUUUGAUGAUCUAUGAAUAAAAUAUUGAUACAUAAUAACACUUUUGGGGAAUAUCCUCUAUAAAUUUUUCAGCCACAUCAUGUCUCCUAGUAAACCAAACUGUGCUAAAUCUCCUAAGAGCUUCCUUCUCACAAACACCCUUUUUCUCUAGAUCUGGUUUCAGCCCGCUCAAAUGGCAAAACCUGAAACUAAGUAUACAUUUGUAAAGCACUAUAACAAAAAAAAAAAAAGAAAAAACAAACAAACAGGCAUAUUGCUUUCAGAAAACAGCUGACUUUUUGUGCAAAGGACAGUGAGAGAGAGACUGUGAAUCCAUGAGUGUACACUUAAAAUUACUUCCUUUAACUAAUAAUCUAAAGUCUUUUCACUAUUGUUUUGCAGUAGCUUGUCUCCCAGGGACCAAACACACAAUAACAAUAACAAUACCACUGUACUGUACUUGAACUCAAGCAUAAAACCAGACCAGGACCCAAUGGCAUUCAUUUCCUUCAAUAUAUUUGUAUAGAUUUUUCUAGAGGCUAUUUUUGGUAUGUUCAAUUUACUUUUCUGCGGACUGAAUCCAUUAUGCAAUUCAUCUUUUUUUUUUAUUUUAAGUUACAGGAAAAUACAGGUUCUGCUGAGAAUUUCAGCACAAAAAUAAAUCAGUAACACACAUCUGAUGUAGCUUGCCUGACAGUAAAAGGACUUCACUGAAGGAUGGCUAUAGACUAUAUCAAACACCCCAGCUGGACCCAGGUGUGUCUCACGUGUGACAGAGUCAGAGUGACCAUAUGAAAUGUUGUUGUGCUUUGAGAGGACUUUGUUGUACUUUGUGGUACACUUGAACUUCACUGACAACCAAUCAGCAAGGCUUCAGCACUGUUAACUGUUUACACUAAAACACUGUGGAAGAAACAUAUUCAUCUCAUUUUACAGUUAGUUACUGAGGUCUCUUUUUAUGCACUAACAGAUGACAUUUAUGAAUAUCCCUCAGAUGUGCUGAUGGUCUAAUGAAAGCAAAAGAAAUUCAGUAGCUAUUUUGAGCCAGAUUUUGUCACGAACCUCUUCAAUUUGUCGUUUGUGUACGAGCAGAACACUGAGGGAACCCCAGCCUUCAAACACACUUCUCUUCCUCAGCAUUUUCUAGAGAAUUGUUUCCUUCAGGACUUUGAAAUUCAGCUCACUUUCACUUCCUUCCGAGACACUUCUUCAAACUCACAGCAAGGUAAUCGCAUUGCCUCUGUUAAGUAAUUGGGAAUACAAUGCCUGAAGUGAAAAUGAACUGAGGGUAGUUGUAUUUUGACCACAUGGACCUCUGGGCUAUUCUGUACAUACCAUUUUAAGGACCUGGAUGCUUCAAAAACAACACCAACAAAAACACAGGUCUCAGGAUGAUUCCUCUUAUUUUUCUCUUAACAGCAAGACAAUGCCCGUUUCACACUGCUACACAGUCUGCAACCAGUUUCUCAAAAGGAUCUUGGCAAUUCCCAGCUUCAUUUACAGCCUGUAGCUUUUUUGGUUUGUUGAUACAGAAUGAGGCAGUUUUCCUUGUGCAGCAAACAUAAUCUGGGGAAGAAGUUUGGCACAUCUACUAAUGAGAUUGUUUGAAACUCUGGUGUAUUGAUUUUGUCCACUCUUCCAAUAUUUAUGUUCUUUGGUUGUUGUGUUCUAAUCUGUAGUGUAGUAUUAAUGACCCUCACAGUGCAGCAGACUUCUUAUGCAUAAUCAGUGUGAAAGGGGCACAACUUGUAUUUUAUUGUACUGUACAAGAGUCAAAUUCAAGUCUGGGCCAAAGGUCUUACUGGUGCACCUUUUCCUAUGGUGUCUAUCAAUGUCUUUUUGUAAGGUUAUGAUUAGGUUUUAGCUUCUUUAUCACUAAUCGUGGCUUGGAAAAAAACACUGUUCCUGCUGUAUAUAGUCAAUCUGUACUCGAUGUCAAUGACUACUUAGAUUUUCAGUCUCAACAUCACUCUUUGUGUGGAAGGUGUUUCAGGACACUGAAAAAAAAAUAAUAAUACUUUGCAAUAUGUUUGAAACAAACACGUGGCUGUGUGCUGUAUUCUGUUGGCAUUUUCAACCGUUUUCCUGAUCCAAGGAACUUAUCUAAGACACUCUGUCCUCUACUGUUUUUUGCUUUCUGUGUAGGAUUUCAGAAGCAGCUGGCUGUGUUUCUGUCAAGUUGUGUGAAAGACUGACAAUGAUUUCCUGUUCAGUUCAGAAAAGUGAGCAUCUGCUUCAUUUCUGUCGGUGCACAGAGUGGAAUACGUGAAAAUUAACCAGUAGCAUUGAGUCUAGACUCCUGAGUCUACAUGUGUGUGACUGCAUGAUGUGGCUUUGAGUUGUACUGUAUGUAUAUAUGUGCUUUCAUACAUGUAGGUGUAUGCGUGUGUGUAUAUAUGUAUGUGUAAUAUAUGCACAUGUAAUAUACACACUGUGGUAUAUUCACACACCUAUGUGACCACAGCAAAUCCUAUAUUGUUUUGGUACUAAGUACACUACUAUACUAGGGAUUUGUUUGUAACUUAUUUGGAAUAAAAAAAGUGGCCGGCGAUGUCUUGAUCCUUUGUUGUUUUUUCCGCUCUCACUUGUACAUUGUGUUCAUAAAUGUAGAAAUUAAUUCUUUGUAUGUAUUAAUUUGUUAUUACAUGUAAUCAAGUUAAUGCUACCUUCAUCAUGAUUCGGAAAAGAAAACAAUGCAAAACAAUGACUGUUUCUCUUGAGCUGGGAGAAAAAAUAGCAUAAAUACUAAUGACAUAUUUGCUCAUUUUACUGGUCUUGAUCCGUUAUUUGUUCCAUUUUGUCAUGGAUCAAUAUGUUUUACUAAGUCAUUCUUCUGGUGUUGGACAUUUCUUCAUGCAAAUAUUAAUACUGAUUAAAAUAAUU